UCUGUUUAAUUAUAGGUUAAGUUCAGUUAACAUUUACAUAUGUUUCAAUAUAAAUAUAAGAACAUGAUAAUCAACUUUUAGGAAUAUGGAGACUAAAAAUAAUAUUAAAACGUUGUUAAUGCUAUAUGAACAACAUCCCUCAUUAUAUGUUGUAAAGUCUGCUGACUAUCAUAACCGAACAAAACGAGAAAACGCUUACCAGCAAAUAUGUCAGCAGUAUGAAGAAAUAACAAAACAACCUUUAUCUAUAGAAGUUGCCAAGAAGAAAAUAAAUAAUUUAAGAUCGCAGUAUUUAGAUUGUGUUAACAAAAUAAAGACAUCAAAAUCAAGUGGCAUGUCAACUAAUGAUAUUUAUAAACCUACGUGGUGGUUGUUUGAAGACAUGAAAUUUCUUGAUCCUCAUAUUGUUCAAAGGAAAGGAGAAUCCUCUAUAACAAUUUCUAGUAAACAAUUUAGCUCUUCAGAAUCCAGUACUAUAGUUGAGGAAAAUGACAACGAAGAUCUACAAUUUUUAGAUGUUGCUAAUAUUUUAGGAGCAGAAAAAUGUGAUAAAGAAAAUACUGACCCAAAUCUUCAGUCAAUUCCAUCAUGUAGUAAAUCAACCAGUGGAUCACACAGUUUGACAUUUCAACAUAGAAAAAGAAAGCCUAAAAUCUUAAGCGAAAAUUUGGCGAAAGAGGCAAAAGAGGCGAAAGAGGCGAAAGAUGAAUUUUGGACAGUAGCAAAAAAUGCAAUUCAAACCAUAUCAAAAAGCGAUGAAAUGGAGGAUGGAUUAAAAUACUGGAUAUUAUAUCUAGAAAGUGAGUUACGUAAAAUUAAGGAUGAAAAAAGGUUGAAGUGGUUACAAAAAGAGAUUAUUACAUUAGUAUAUAACGAAAAUAUUGAAUAAGUAACAUACGUUUUAUGUUCUAUAUAUUUUAUUUUAUGUUCAAAACGUGAGAUUAUUUUAUUUUAUUAACGUAACGGUAACAAAUGUACCUGAAUAAUAGUAACAUACGUUUUUAUGUUCUAUAUAUUUUCUUUUAUGUUCAAAAUGUGAGAUUAUUUUACUUUAUAAACGGUAACAAAUGUACCUGAAUAAUAUUGAAUAAUUAGUAACAUACGUUUUUAUGUUCUGUAUAUUUUCUUUUAUGUUCAAAAUGUGAGAUUAUUUUAUUUCAUUAACGCAACGGUAACAAAUGUAUUCAAAAUAAGUAACAUACGUUUUUAUGUUCAAAAUGUGAGAUUAUUUUAUUUUAUUAACGUAACGGUUACAAAUGUACCUAAAUAAUACUGAAUAAGUAAUAUACGUUUUUAUUUUUUAUACAUUUUUAUGUUCAAAAUAUGAGAUUAUCUUAUUAAUGUAACGGUAACAAGUGUACCCGAUGAAAAAUAAAACAAUUAUAAGAACAAUAAUUGUAAUAUUAUAAUACAAACAUAUAUGCAAUA